AUGACCUCGACAGAGCGUUUCAGUGUCGCAUGGCCUACCUUCAGAUAUUAUGUUGGCACGGCAUACCGCCGCUAUAACAAGCUGCAUAUCUACGGGAAGCUUUUCAUAUGGGGCACCAUAUGCGUUUGGGUCUCUUUGGCCACUAUAUUUGUCGUCAUUGGACCUGACCGUAUAGGCCAAGCUUUCUACGACCUGGCACAUAAGAUCAAUCAACUGCCAUUUGGCUGGUUGAUCAUUGCGGGUUUAUUGGUUAUUGAAUCAUUUCCACCUGUCAUGGGGCAUACGACCACCGUCACACUAUGUGGUUACGCUUACGGGAUGAAGGGCUUCUAUAUUGCCGCUGGAGGUUCUCUAGCGGGUGCCUGCUUCGCAUUCGCAGUCUUGCGGCUGCUAUUCCGUGAAAGACUGCGGAGAUGGUCAGCAUCCAACCAGAAGUGGAUUGCGCUCGAAACCGUCGUUGGUGCAAAGGGUCUUCCCCUGAUCACUCUUGUCCGUGCGUCCCCCUUUCCGCCAUGGGGUUGGGCACACGCGAUGUUCGCUUCAGUAGACACAGUUGCGCUAUGGCAGUUCUUUCUGGCAUCCUUCGUACUAUUCCCGAAGUUUGCACUAUUUGUCUUGAUCGGUUCACGGUUGGCAGCUCUAUCUGAUGGAGACCAACGAAGCCAUAUGGACACUUCCACCAAGAUCCUGAAUGUGGCUAUCUCAGUUGGAGGGAUUCUUCUCUCGACAACUGCUGGCUGGAUCAUAUACCGUGCUAUGCAAGCAGAAGUCCGUCGUCUCCAAGAAAUGACGCCGGAGGUUGACGAGCUGUCCACCGAAGGCACUGACGAUGCUGCAGAAGAGGCCCCACUCCUGGGGGAGUACGCCCCGUCCUUGUCCUCCGAAACGUAG